GGGGCGCUCGGUUGCUAGGGCCGCGCUGUUGCUAGGGAGGCAGAACGCGGUGGCGGCCGCCGUCGUCCUCCCGGCCCGUCCGCCGCUGCCUUCCUCGCAUCGGGGCCAUGGUGAAGCUCGCUGCCAAAUGCAUCCUGGCAGGAGAUCCAGCUGUGGGAAAGAGUGCUUUAGCCCAGAUGUUCCGCACUGAUGGGGCUCAUUUUCAGAAGAACUACACAUUGACAACGGGCAUAGAACUGUUGGUGAAGGCUGUAUCAAUUCCAGAGACAAGUGAUAGCGUGGAAUUUUUCAUUUUUGACUCUGCAGGAAAAGAUCUAUUUUCUGAAGUGCUGGAGAAACUGUGGGAGCAACCCAACGUCCUGUGCCUUGUGUAUGAUAUCACUAAUGAGCAAUCUUUCAACAACUGUGCCAAGUGGCUGGAGAAGCUGAGGGCUCAAGCAGCUGGAAUGCACAUCCCAGGUGUUUUAGUGGGGAAUAAAACAGACCUAGUUGGUCGUCGAGUUGUGGAGCAGAAACAAGCACAGGAGUGGGCUGAGAAACAUGGCCUGAAAUACUGUGAGAUGUCAGUGAAGGAGCUGAAAAAUUUUGAGACCCCUUUCCACAUUCUGGCAAAGUCAUUUCACCAACUGUACAAAGAGAAAGUGGAAACUUUUCACUCACUAGCUUGAGGGCCAUGACUGGCAUGACUUAUUUAUCCUCUCAGCUUCUUCUAGUGCCCAGAAUCCUGCAGGAUGGAAUACAGAGCGAAGAAAAGAGAUGAGCUAUUUGCUUCUUCAUGGUCAUCUUCUGGUAAUUCAAAAUAAACUAGGAAUAAGCAAGGGGAAAGACACUCUUCUGGAGUUGCUACCUCAGCAUUCCUUUCAUGUCCUCUAACUUGGUUCUGUGCUCACUGAAAGUCUGCUAGGUUGGAGGAGGCGGGGAGUAAAAGGGGAGGGCAGAAUGGAAAUUACCAGCUCUUUGCUUUGAUACUGUCAUGUCUCUUCUCUGAACAGACUUCCUGCUGCUACAAGCGAGGAUUUAGAGGUUUAGAGAAGGAGAGAGGAAGCUGACAGGAUGUUUUUCAUCUUAAGCAACCCAACAUAUGUUGCAGGGCAGGACUGAUUUAGCCCUGAUGCUUGAAAAGCAUUUUCAGUAGGAAGCCUAUGCUCUAAAAUCAACACAUGGAGAUUGAGAUGUGUGGGAACUGAGCUGGAUUUAGGUGUGUUUCUAGGAGUGCCCAGCGUUUGAGACCUGUUUUAACAGCGUUACCCUUAUCAGUUGUAGGACUGAUAUGCUGAUGACUAAUAUGUGCUUGUGACUUCUAGAAUCUGGUUCUUUUCUUCAACGUGGCUCACUUUCAGUGCCUGGUAGAAACUGUCUUGCAUCUGUACCGCUGUCACUUGGUAACGCAGUGCCCUCUGCUGGUCCCAGGUCACAAGAUUUCUCAAGAAGCUACCUCUCUUGAGGCGAGCAGGACUUCCUGCAGGCAUAUCCAAAUUGGCUGAUCGGCAAAACGGGGUCAAAUAACACAGGAAACCUGGAGAAGUGUCCUGUCAAAAAAUGCAGUAGUGGUGAGCAUGGAAGGAGGACCAGCUCUGCAUAGGGGUCUGCUCAUCUCCCAGCCACCCCCUUAACCCAGGUAAUAACCAGCCUGAGAUUCCCUUCUGCUGUUCUGAGCUGUCUUCUCUCAUUCAUGUUCCUAUGUCCUUGUUACACAGGGGGGAGCUAGGCUGCUUCCCCCUCUGUAACAAGGACACAGGGAGCUCCCUGUGCCCCCUGCCAGAUUUGUUCAUGGUGUCAAAGCAGACAACAACAGAGAAAAGCAAUUAGAGAAGCCCAAAAGAGAACCAUACCCCCACAUCCCUGGAGGAUGGGCUGGAGUGUUUGGCCAUCCUCUGCUGGGGUUGGUGCUGCCAAGGAGACCUACCCAGCCAGCAGUGAGGGAUCACCAAGGCCCUGAGCUUGAGCUGGUGGAGCUGCAUGAGCCAAGUGCACUGCUGGGAAUUGCUUUGCUCUGCAGUAGACUCCUCACUUCCCAUAUUGAUUCACCACCGUGUGAGUAAACUCUGCUUUCAGAACAUUCCCAGCAAUUUUCAUAAAUGCUCAGUAGCUGCAGUGAAUGAAUGAAUGAAUGAAAGUGGAAAAUCCUGAUGAGCAUUUGUCCUUGGGAUUUUUGAUUUCAUUUCUGCUAAGAAUUUUGUUGUUAUAUGAGGUCAAAGUUAAUCUGCUAAGAUGACAUUCAGACAACAAAGCAGACGUCCAGAUUUUCAGAGGUAUUUGGAGCCUCUACAUCUCUGCAAAAUCAAUGUGAGAUGCUGACUGCUCAGCACAACUGAAAUUCAGGAUGGUUCUUCGAUGUCUAAACAUGGGUUAGAGCCCUAAGUGUGAGUAUGUGUUUUGCUUUCUUUUUUAAAAUAGACCUCUAUUCCCAAGACAGAGAAUAUCACCUCUCUACAAUUUUUAUCCAUGAUACACUCUUCCAUGCAUCACCAGAAUGCUCCAGUCUGGCAUUUGACUGGCUUAAUCUCAUGUGUUUAACCUACUUCCUCUAUAGGAUCAUUGGGGAUCCUAAACCAUUACAAUGGCAAUGUAAAACCAAAUCCUAGGAGUUCACAUAAUAGCCCUGUGGACACAAUACACCAGCUGGCUUUCUCUGAAACAGUGUCUAAAGUAUAUGUACCUCGCAUGGGAUGUCUCCCUGACUAUGUGGGACUACAGAAAGAAACCCUUCUCUCACUGAAAUCAAUAGGCUGUUACUGACAUCAGAGAGAGCUGGUGAUUUUGACUUUUCUAAGAUUGCCCACUCACUGAACUCCUGAAUAGGUGUUGGGAUACAUGCUUCUCUUGAUUUGUCCCUCUGAAUAGCCAGAGUGACUAAAUGACCUAUCCCACAGACUAACCAUUUUUCUUGUUUUUCUUAGGAUGUUCCUUCAAGAGUCUUUUUUAACCCUGAUUUAUUACUGAGCAUCAGACAAAUUAAAAGUUCACUAUUCCUCCACUGAUAUCCUAAACUAUUUGACAGUGAAGAGCAAGGGAUGUCUUAAAGAAGAAAAAAGUGUGUAUAGCUGGCUUGUAGAAGGGUUACCUGCAUCAGUAGCACUGGACCUAGGAGAGCAAAUCUGCCCCAGACAGGAAGCCCCAAUGAUACCUCUGUGGCUCUGAGGACCAGGUGGCAAAAAUUCAUGUUUGGGCUGGAUUGUCACUUUAAAUGAUGGUACUGAACAGAUGAGGCUGCACAGGGUCCUCCUAUCUGUCCCCAUCUGUGCCCUUUACACUAGAAGAAAGGCUGAUAUCAUGGAAUAUCGGUCAGUGUUGACACGAACCAUCCUCACUGUAAGCCUCACCUUUCCCUCAGCAUUUAUCAUUGUGAUGAUGCUUCCAGGAAGAUUCUGAAAAUCUUCAGUUCAGAAGAAAAAACCCCAAGACCUUUCUCUUUAUCGCCUUAUUCUUUGCAAUUCUCUGAUUGCUGCUAUCUUCACACGAAACAGGCUUUCUGCUUCUUUAAGAACCAAACCACAGCUAAUGCACAUUUCCUCACAGGGGCUUCAUGAACCUGUUUGUCAAGGAAUUAUGAGAUUUUUCUCUUGUGGAUUCUGAAGUUGACCAAGAGAAACCAUGAGAGGCAGAUCAGCAGUGACAGUCUAUUGUAGUUACAGUCAGUGGAUGGAUGGGCAAAAGCUUUAUUGGGAAUAAGACAGUUAUUUGUGUCCGUAUUUCAUGCACAAUGGGCAGUGAGAGCCAUUGCUUCUCUAAUCCAAGGGUCUGGAGACCCUUUCCCUGUGCCGUGACCUUAGAGCAGAUUCUGAUUACAAAACAUGUGCCAUACCUUUUUCACUAACUUUUUGUUUUCUGGAGUAUGCAUCUACGUGGAUGUCAGUGGGAACUAUCUGUGCCUGGUUUUGGAUAUGAAUGGGGAGAAAACAGAGGAUUUCCAUGAAGGAUCUGGGGAUACAGCAAAGGAGAAGGGAUACCUGUAUGAGUGUGAAUAAGUUGGUCUCAGAUUAGAUUUCUAUGGUGUGUUUAUGGUAUGUAUGGUGUAUGUAUGUAUUUUCUGUGGUUUAUGCAAGGGUAAGGGUGUGUAGAGGCAUGUAUUUAUUUAUAUACAAGAUGGUCCAGCAUGAAGGUAGCCUGGGACUGUAGAUAGAGUGUAGAAAAAUGUGUGUUCUGGAGUGGAAAAGUAUGAGGGACAGAUCUGAGGGAGGGGGAUGGUGCCUUUAGUUUAACACAGUUAUGCAAAUACAUGGCGAUAGACAUGCUGGUGGGAGGGGGAAUGUUCGCACAACUUAUUUUCUCUCCUAGUCUUAUUCAGGAAGUUUGUAGGUAUGUGUAUGCAUAUAUCCUCACUGAGGAUACUUUACCAAAUACUGGAAUUCCAGCUAGAGUGACUUGUUAGCAGCCUGCCCUCUGUUAGAGCUAAUGGGUUGCAGGCAUUGAUUUUUAUUUUUUUCCCUAUUGAUUAGGAGGCUGCUGUACACACAAACCUCAGCACAACAUGGAAAGAGAAAGGGAGGCAAAACAGUUCACAUCCUAGCAACUCAUCAUGGUGGAAAAUUCAUCCUGGGAACCCCAGUUUUCUCCCACUGUCUCCUUCAAAUAAAGAAGGAAGCCUUUCCCUUUUGAAGAAAUCAACCUACAAGGCUCAUGAGGUGACACUUUGUUUUUAUUCCAACCAUCUUUGAGUAGCAAGCAUUUCAAAGGUUACCAUUCAGUGGAAGAAAAGGGAGUCUUGCUUGAAGAGCAUGGGCGUUCUAGCUUCAAGACUCAAUCUGGAACAGAUUUCGUGGUUCUCCAUGGGUACCCAACUAAUUUGUAACAGCACCCAGAUUCCACUAAAAUCAGUGCAAAUACUUUCAUUGUGGUGGGCUUUGUGACUAUAUUCUGAACUUUUCAGUGCUUCAGUGCCUCUGUAAACUAAUGCACUUUGUAAAGUGUUAUGAGGCUAAAUGAGUUGUUUGCACAACAUUUAGCUUGGAAGAGGAUAUAGGUCAGAAGCUGAGGGAGUUACGUAUUGCAGCUUUAUAACCUCUUACUUGUCCCUGCCAGAAUUCCAGUCCUGUCUAAAAGGGAAUUUUUAGGCACUCUCAGGGCAGCACCAGCACCACUUUUGCGUGGAAACCUACUAAUUUUAAUUAUUAGACCUCUGUGCUCUGUGUCUUUCUGCUUUCUUCCUUUCCAGUCACAGUGUUACACUAGAGAUGACUCUUCUGUAGUAUUUGAAUAUUUGAUGUUUGAACUGUCUUUUACGUUGAUCCUCAAGUUAUACGAACUUGAAGAAAAGAGGACCACUGAGGCUUUUUCCAUCUGUAUUUAUCUCCCUAUUUCUAUCUCAUUUAAAUCUCUGUUAUCGCAACCUGCAAUACUCUGGCAAAAACCCCACAAAUCUUCUUUCCUUGGUUUACUAGUUUGUUAAAUUGGCCUAAGAAAACCACCAGCAUGAAGAUAUGAUGUGAAUAAUGUUUCUUAAGUGCUUUGGGACCCUCAGCUUUGGAUGCCAGUGAUGACUGCUCUGAUCAUCCCCUCUGCUUGUCUAACCAUACAGACUUUUUUCAACUUUCUGUUUUAAUUCUCUUUCUGCAUCAGAUCUCACUUCUAUCUUCUCUGCCCCAUUGGCUUCCAGUUCUAUAAUCAUCACCCUAACCCCAAUUUAGUUUUCCUAACAUCUCCUCUGCUGGUGCUUCUGUCUAUUAACACCUUUGCUCUGCCUGCAAAUACAGCUGCAUCAACCCCAUCUCUUUUACAUCUCAUUACAGGAGCUCCUUCUGAGUUGGCCUCCCCAGGAUGAAGAUUCCUAGAUACUACUUUCUAUACACUAUCACUGUCUGAUUUUCUCUUAUGUGCCAAAAAGCUCCACUGCAGCACUCAACCCACAAACACUCUAGUCAGCUCCAUUACCAUCCCAUGGAGUUGCUUCCGACUUUGUGCCCUUCAUUUCCCUUCCUGCAACUUUCCUGUGCCCCUAUUUUUCCUACAGCACUGCCCCUUCUCUCCACAAAUAGCAGCACUCUUGGUUUGCCAUUGGAAGCAGACUUCCUGUGGCUCCCUGUCUCAUCAGCUUCUCAUUUCAAGUAAUUUAAAAUGUAAUUUAAAAUCUCUCUAUUUCCUCCAGACUAUUAAUUUCUCCCUCCUUACUCUUCUGUAGAUGUCAUUCUGUGUUGCGCUAUUCAGUAAGACUGUUGUUGUAAAAACCUGCCACAGUGUUUCUAUUCUGUAUUCUUGUUUUGGAUUAUAAUUUUUAAUGAUUCUUUGUAGGAAAGAUGAAAUCUCAGCACAGCAUCUAGCCACAGCACAAGCAGUCACACAGGACAUUCUGGCAUUUGCAUUGCCUUUGUUCCAUUCUUCUCCUGUGGCAUUUAGAACUGUAGAGGGAAUGUUGUGAGUGGCCUAAGAGUAUAUAAGUAGGGUAGCAGGAAGAGAAUUAUUUCUGGAAAUUGGGAAGCGUGAGGCAGGAAGCCGUGUUCAGUUCUGAUACUGGGAUGUGCCAAGCCCUCAUAGCUCUCACUUGUCUCAGCCAGAGAUUAAAGAACUCACCACCCUGCAAACCUGGCCUUCUUACACUGGCAAUUUCUUUUGGAGGAAAAAGUGCCCCUCUACUGUUGUCACUUGAAACCAAACUUGUCAAAGCUGUAGAAAUAUGUAAUAAAGGCAACAAUUCUGAAUUGU